AUGCGAAUUCAUGGUUUAGCUUACUGCGACUUUUAAGAUACUUAAAAAUCGUCAUCCAAGUUGACAAAGCUGGUGGCUCUUUGUGGAAAGCGAAGAAAGUGACGGAAACAUUGUAAUGAUUGAAAGCAAGCUUGUGAAACAAUCAAGUGUUCGUAGAAAUGAAUUGCAAUGGAGAAUCGUCUCUGGAUGGUAAACGUAGGGUCAUUUCUUACAUGGAUAGCAAACCUAUCAUCACCUAUGCCGGAGAUGAAGAAUUAUUUUCUACUUUGGAGAAUGGUUUGCUUCAAGCUAUUCCUGAGAGCACAGUUGAGUGGCGUAGAUCAUUUGGUAGGCCGAUUAAACAAGUUAAACUUGGAGCAUCUUUUGUAUCAUUUUCCAAAGAUAUCUUGCCUAAUGAAAAAGACUGGCAUCUCGUGAAUCAGCCAGUAUUACACAUUUAUUGGAGCGAAUGUACUGAUAUUGACGCUUAUAAAACGAGUGUAAGAGAUGACAUAGAUAUUUGGUUGAAGAUAUUAUCUUCUUAUCAUAUUCAAGACUGGAUGAUUGUAAUAGUAGAAACAUAUGAUCCCAAAAAAAGUACCAAAUUAUUACCUAGAACUACUGUUUUAGAUAAGAUUAGAAGUGACUUUGCUUCUAAAACUGGUGAUAGGUGUUUUGCUGUAAUAAAUCCUAUUAAAUAUAAAUCUCGUUCAACGGAAACUUGGAGAGGAUUAAUUGGACGUAUUCGUCAUUUGAUGUUAACCGCAUACGAUAAAACUCUUUCUCGAUUUGAAGAUGUUAUUAGAGAACAAAGGGAAAGCCGGAAUCUUCCUGGCUGGAAUUUUUGCCAUUACUUCCUUUUACAGGAAGAACUUGCAUUUGUAUUACAAAUGUUGGGCUUAUAUGACGAAGCAUUGGUACAAUACGAUGAAUUGGAUGCUCUCUUUACACAAUUUGUAUUAAAUUCUAACGUAGGAGAUACACCAGCUUGGUUGAAUUUAUUCCAAACGCCUCUUAAUAAUUGGGCUGGUGUAAAUUUAAGCAAUGGUGUUAAUCAUCAUUUAAGAUUUCUAUUAGCUGAAUGUAAAUCAUCGUUGCUGGACUUUAGAAGUUAUUUAUUUAGCAGACAAUGUGCUAUGCUUUUGUUCCUUAAAAAACCAUGGGAGGUUGCACAGCGAUGUUUAUCCUUUAUUCACAAUACACUGAGUGAAUUACAAAUUUUAGAAGUUCAACGACCAGAAGGAUCCGUCGAGUGUUGGGCUUUUUUGUGCGCGUUAGAAGUAUUGCAAGCAUGUCAAGAAUCAGCUUUUGGUUUAGAUAACAAUCAACAGUCGGAUCUUUGUUCUUUACAUACUGCAAGUCUAUGGGCCUUAGCUCGUGAUAAGUUAGGAGCAUUAGGAAAACUAUGUGGUCUCAUGCCAGGUAGCGAACCAACUAGCGAACAACUCCACACAGUUGUAUAUCUUAUAGCAGGUAUGGGAGAUUCUGAACCACAAGAAGAAAGAAAAGUAACUCCAAUCGAUAAACUGAAGGAAGCAUUGUCAUCUAAAGAAGUUUUUAAAAAACAAUACUUGGAACAUGCUGAAUUAGCUAUGGGUACUUAUAAACACGUUGGUCGAAUAAGAUCAGCUAGAUCGAUAGGCAAAGAAUUAGCUAGAUUCUAUGGUGAAUUAGGAGAAAAUCAGAAAGCUGUAGCAUUUUUAUCUGAUGCUUUGAAAACUUAUACGGAUGAAGGAUGGCAUCAUUUAGCAGCACAAACACAAUUAGAAUUAGCACAAUGUUAUAAAAGAAUGGACGAUGUAGAUAAAUAUAUAGAAGUUUGUGCUGCGAUAUCUUGUACCAAUAUAUUACAUAUUACUGUACGUAAUUCAUAUUUUGAAGAAAUGUUAGGAUAUAUGAAGAUGUUAACUUCUCCACAGCCAUUACUCACUGAACUUGGACACUCUUUUAUAAUACUCAGUAUGGAAGUUAACGUAAUGGACAAAGUGGUGCAAGAUUGUGUAGUUAAUAUUGUAAUUAGUGUACAAAGUUUGUUUCCUAGAGAAAUCAAAUGUACAGGUGCAUAUAUCUCUGUUGAAGAAGUUCAAAGACCUUUGGCUCCUAAUAAAAAAAAAGGCUCCAAAGCAGUAGUAGUGGAGCAGCCACCAAUACAAUUGUUGUCAAGUUGUACUAUAGAAGACAUGAAGCCAUUAGAUCCAAGCUUAGCUUUAUUACAAGUAUAUUCUUACUUGAAUUGUAAAGAAGACAAAAGUAUAGGUUCCGCUAGUGUUAUGCACAAUAAUCUAAAACCUGUGGUACGACGUUCAGAUAGUGCUAAACAUAGAAAAGCUCCUAUUAAUACGAAAGGUGAUUUUAGCAAAUCGUUAUCGUGCUCUGAAUUUAUUAUGAAACCAGGUGUAAAUAUAUUUACAUUGACCAGGCGAGUUGAUUGUCCUGGAUUAUACGAAGUUGGUCAAUUGUCACUUAUUAUAGAAGAAAAAUUAGAAUUUCUAUCCCCAAUUUUAAAUCCAAAAUUAUGCUACGAGGUGGCAAAAACUCAACCAUUAAUUUCUCUAAAAUGUGGAAGAGAUUUAUUAGCUGGUAUUAUUCAAGAUAUAGAAUUAGUUAUAUCAACUGGAAGUAUGAGGAUAACGAAAGAAAUGAAAUUAAAAUUACGUGCAUCUAGAGGAUUAAUGAUACAAUUAAAUGAAGUAGAAGCAGUAAUGGUUAAAGAAUUAGAAACGCCACUGCCAUCAUGUGAACCAUUUCAAACAAUAAAAUUGGGAUUAAAAGUUUUAGCUGAGUUACCACCUAAAAAAGAUCCUUCUUCUAUGGAGCAUAAACUUAGCGUGCAAUGUCCAUGGGGUACGGAAGAAAGUAUCCUUUUACAUUUUGGUCCACCAUUAAUGACAAAUAUGAAAUUGCACACUGCUAAGCAGAGAAAAUUUGUUCAAAUCAUUGUAACAGGGUUGACAAGUCGACUUUUGCAAUUAUCUGAUCCACAUUUGGCAUCGAAUACGUCAAUGGAUUUAAAUUUUAAAAGUUUGAAUCCAACUGCUGGUCAACGAUUAAUGGUAGGUAGCGGAAUGAAUGUAUCAUUCAUGUGGGAAGUUGAAGUUGGCAAAGAUGAAAAAGCUAUGGUACCCAUUAAGACUGAUUUUCGUGUAAAAUACGUACCAAUUAAUGAUACUGAAGAAACGACUAAUUUAAAUGAUGAUCCUUUACAUAUAAAUAAUUUGAAAAAGCUAGAAAAAGCUUCUAGUGUAUAUAGAUGUAAUUUUGAUGUCACGGAUUACGUGACAUUAUUCACAGUUUCUUCGAAAGUUGAAGCAGGUGGAGGUGGAGGAGAAUUUUGUCGUGCUGGUAGUAUGUGUCAUCUUUAUCUAACAGUAACGCGUAUGUUGUAUACUCCUAAUCCUAAUCCUCCACCUCAACUGAUGUAUGAGGUAUUAGCAGAUCAAACAAUGUGGGCUGUUUGUGGUCGAACAGCAGGAAUCAUUUCAUUAGAAGUAGUAGAAAAACAAAGUGUUACGUUAGAUGUUAUGCCUCUAACCAGUGGUUAUUUACCUUUACCUGUUGUUAGAUUGUCUCGAUAUAUCCCUGCGGUAGAAAGCAAAUCAGAUGUCACCCGUAAAGGUGAUAUAACUUCUGGUCCAAGACUGGAGCCAUUCAGUCCAGGACAAGUAUACAAUGCUAGUAAAGCUCAACAAGUACAUGUUUUACCUGCAGUACCUUCAGAAUCUAAUUAAGUUUCUAAUUUUAAAGCCAUACUACAAAACUUGGUUUUUAAAGAAUAAAUUCUCACUAGGGUGAUCAGCACAGUAAUUUGAAAGUUCAUUUGAAAGACUAUGUACUAGUCUUUAUUAUCUUACAAUUAAUAUGCAAAUUUGUUCUUGAUAUAAAAAAUCAAUACUUUCACUUGACUGAAACUUGAUUAAAGCUAAAUUAAUAAUAGCCACACACACACACACACUUUCUCUAUCUAUAUAUAUAUAUAUAAAUAUAUAGAUUA